AUGGAUGGAAGAGUUAAGAGGAGCAGGAAGAAGAGACAGUGGGAAGAAGGAUGGAUGGAAGAGUUAAGAGGAGCAGGAAGAAGAGACAGUGGAAGAAGGAUGGAAGCUCAUGGGAGAAGGAAGAAAGAGCUAAGAGUAGAAGAAGAUACAGUAGAAGGAAGAGUUAAGAGGAGCAGGAAGAAGAGACAGUGGGAAGAAGAAUGGAUGGAAGAGUUAAGAAGAGCAGGAAGAAGAGACAGUAGGAAGAAGGAUGGAAGAGUUAAGAGGAGCAGGAAGAAGAGACAGUGGGAAGAAGGAUGGAUGGAAGAGUUAAGAGGAGCAGGAAGAAGAGACAGUGGGAAGAAGGAUGGAAGCUUAGGGGAGAAGGAAGAAAGAGCUAAGUGUAGAAGAAGAUACAGUAGAAGGAAGAGUUAA